UGUUGCUGUGUUUGUUUUUUUGUUUGUUUUCUUUUGUUUCUGUUUCAGUGCUUUGCAGUCCUUAAAGUGUCCAGUUUGUUACCUCAGACUACUCGGGACAGUCAUGAAUGUUCACUUGCCACCCCUACUAAGAGACUUCAUACGAAGCGGAAUCAUAAGAGCUGGGUCACACUGCAAGGGUUAAGUAAAGCACUUCAUCCAUUUUGAGCUCUGUAAGCUGGAUUCGUAAUGCUCAGUCUCUGCUUUCCUCUCACUUCAUCUUGCUAGGAAAUGUGAAUAGGCACCUUAUUCUAGUGAGUUGGUUCAUCAUCUGUGUUGAUAUAAACAGGACAGAGUAUCCUUAGUUCUGACUUUUGUAUUUUUGCAAGUGACCGUAAUACAAAUGGUAAGCUGUAUGUGCUGGGCCUGUUACCAUAGAAAAGGAAAACGCUGCUUAUUCUUGCACUGCACUAUUUCAUACACACUCACACAGCCACUGCUCUGGGUAACCUGUUUUCUAUGAUUUGCUAGUUGUAUGGGAUACCCUCUAUCCCUUCUACUUUAUACAACAUGUAUUAGAAACAUGCAUCUUUCAGAAGACUCUUAAGAAUGCUUUUUCCCUUGUUUCAUUCUCUGAUUAAGAGAAUCAAAAAUAUAUUCCAGGUAAACCUACACCCUUUGUUCGACAUUGCAUUUCUUCUCCAUCUUGUGCAGCAAAUUUGCAGGUUUUUAGUACUAAUGUGCUGCAGUGUUCCAGCUCCCAUUGUUUAAAGUAGACUUAAGAUGUGCUCAGAUUUUCUGAAAAAUGCAGGCUUCUGAAAUGUCUCUGCAUCCUUGGCAUUCUUCUGCUCUCGUUUUUAUAAUAGCUGUUGUCAAUUUGCUCUGUUUUGUGAUCUGCAGUGGAGAGGGGUCUGUAGUUCCAAACUGAAGUUACCUGAAACUGUGUAUUAUUUUGUUUAUUAAAGGGGGGGCAUCUAAUUUUCUGAUAUUAGGUGGUGUACUUACCUUUGUUUCUGUUGCUUGGUUGUUUGUAAACUGUUCUAAUAAGCUCAGGCACUAUAACCACAUACUGGAUUUGUCCUUGAAAGAAGCGUUGUAAGCAUUUCAUGGGCUACAGAGAAAGGAUAACUUUAAAGAAAUAUUUUAAUGGUAGCAAAGAGACAAUGUUUUAACUGUGUUUAAACACAAGGAGCUGUUAACGACUUGUCCGAAACAAGCAAAGUAUUCUUCUGCAAAAAAGUAGUCCUUUUAGAAUUGAUUACUGAUAAAUGCAUUGGAGAUUAACCUGUUUUCUUAAUGUUAAUUUAUAAUGUUAUUAUAAUCUGCUCUGUGUAAUGCUCUCUUACCCAGAGGAAAUUAAACAGCUCUAGUAUGAAGAAACCCUGUUGCUGUGGGUGACAUCUAGUUGCCCUCACUGAUAUUACACAGCCAUUACUGGAAGUGUUCACCAUUUCAUGCUGCAGGAGUCCCUCCCAAGGACUUCAUGUGUGGGGGAUAGACAGAAUUAAUUUCUGGGAAUAUUCUAUAACUAAAGACAGAGAAAUAGUGCUAAGAUUUGCAGUGCGCUUGCUCAAGGCUCCUCAAGGUAAUAUUUAGUGUUAUGAUACCAAUGAUGUGAAGGUGGUGGAAUAUGCCAGUGUAUCUAGCCCUCAUUUUUGACUAAAGCAGGAACAGUGAAAGGAACACUGAGCAUGCUUUGGAAAUCCUCCAUGGAGUACUUCUUUCAGCACCACAGCUUAGUGGUGAACUUCAUGCUCCAGCCAGGAAUAACAAACAGCAAGGUGCUGAUAUCUGAAUGAAAACAUCAGUUACCUCUUUCUGUUAAAGACUCCCCUCUUGGCUGAUGUACCUUCUGGAGGAAGGGACAUCCAUAUGCAGCUUAGCCAGGAGCAGGCAGUCAUUCUGCAAAGCCAAGUCAUUCGUCUUUGCUCUAUCCCCAGAGCAGGGGCUCUAAGCACUCCAUUUUCCAGCCAAAGUAAUUACACAAAGUAAUAUUUUCCUAUUUUUAGUGGACUCUUUUGACUUCCUCAAAGAAAGCGCACAAAGUCAACACAUCUACGCAUCAGUGUGAUGUGAUCUAGCCUCGGGUUCCUUUCAAAGAGCUUGGUGGGUAACCUCUCCUUCCCUUCUAUCCUCCUUAGUGAGGAUAAUAGCUACCAGUUUCAGAUAAGGGUGAAGUUAACCUCUACAAUAUAGCUUUCUCCAAAGUCUCUGGAAACAAUGUGGAUGAUUACUAUUAGCAGGGAAGAUGGUGUGUACAUGUAGUUAAUUAUUUGUGGUUGAGGACAAUGGUUGCUAAUGAGUUAACACUGAGGAGUGUGCAGAUAGCUGAACAUGCAGAAUUGCAGUAACACCUUUGUCACACAGCCUGCAGUGUAGUUAACUCUGCAUCCGAUCUGCUACUGUUGGGCCUGUGCUUGGGCAGGGAAAGAGGAGGACCCAAAGGGUAUUUUCUCUAUUGUGAUUUAAUCAGGUAUUCUGAUACUUUGAUAUAUGUAGGCUGGAUGAGACAAGACAGCUUAACCAAACUGGCUAGGAAACAAGUAUUAUCUCUACCUGGAAUAAAUUCUUAUUAGAGUUAUUAUUUAUUUUUCCUUUUCCCUCUAAACCGUAGUGCGAAUUAAUGGAACCUGUUAAAGGUCUUAUAUGCUCUGGCAUAAUCAAAUAUAUGUUUACCUUCUCCAGAAACUCCACCCUGGGAAUACACUAAGACCUGCUGGAAACACUAUCUGGCUAACCCUGGAUCAGGCUGCAAAUGAUCUUCUUCACAGGAAGAUAGCUGUUCAACUCCUAGUGGAAAAAAAUCAGCAGGAAUUAUUUGGUAAUCUCCUCCUGGAAAUAAUUUGCAUCUGAUAGUUACUUCUUGGGCCAAAUAAAGUUAGCUGAGAAUCCCAAGGGACUUCUGAGGAGGCAGAUGUCUACAUCACAAAAUGAUUAUCCUGUUACACUGUGGUGUUAACAGUCUCAGCUGACAGAAUGGCUAUGUUGUUGAAGAGGUUACUGAGCGAAUGAUGGAGACCUCAAAUAUGCACCUAUGCUGAAAGAGUGGAAGCAAUGGAUCAGACUGCAACCUGGCAAAAAAAUUUGCUCUAUCUACUACAUUUCUAAAAAGAUGGUCCUGGUCAUGAAACUUCUGCUCCUCACCUGCCUGUGGCCAACAGCAGUGCUACACAGCUCUCAAAGUCAGCAUCACCAUCGUCAUCAUCGGCAACAAUUCUCAUUCUUAAGAAAGCAUAACAGCAAACGAGAAAUUAAAAUGAGGAAACUUGACAGCACCAAAGUACGGCCACUUAAAUCUGAGCAGCUUCUUCGCAUAGAGGACCAUGAUUUUGCACUGAGACCUGGAUUUGGAGGGUCGCCAAUACCUGUGGGCAUUGAUGUGCAGGUAGAAAGCAUUGACAGCAUAUCUGAAGUUGACAUGGACUUCACAAUGACUUUGUAUCUCAGACAUUACUGGAAGGAUGAGAGACUUUCAUUUCGUAGUACCAAAAACAAAAGCAUGACUUUUGAUGGAAGACUGAUAAAAAAGAUCUGGGUACCCGAUGUGUUUUUUGUACACUCCAAAAGAUCUUUCAUCCAUGAUACAACUGUGGAAAAUGUCAUGCUCCGAGUAUACCCUGAUGGCAACGUACUCUUCAGUCUACGAAUAACAGUUUCUGCUAUGUGUUUCAUGGAUUUCAGUAGGUUUCCUCUGGACACUCAGAACUGUUCGUUGGAACUGGAAAGCUAUGCAUAUAAUGAAGAUGAUCUGAUGUUAUACUGGAAACAUGGAAAUCAGUCCCUGAGCACAGAUGAACACAUCUCCCUCUCCCAGUUUUUCAUUGAAGAAUUCAGUGCUUCCAGUGGACUUGCAUUUUACAGCAGUACUGGCUGGUACAAUCGACUUUUCAUAAAUUUUGCACUCCGGAGACAUAUUUUCUUUUUUGUGCUUCAAUCCUAUUUCCCAGCCAUGCUGAUGGUGAUGUUGUCUUGGGUUUCAUUCUGGAUUGACAGAAGAGCCGUUCCUGCCAGGGUAUCACUAGGCAUAACUACAGUGCUGACAAUGUCAACCAUCAUCACAGGAGUAAGUGCCUCAAUGCCUCAAGUGUCUUACAUAAAAGCUGUGGAUGUGUAUUUAUGGAUCAGCUUCCUUUUUGUCUUCCUGUCUGUCAUUGAAUAUGCUGCAGUGAACUAUCUCACCACAAUUGAAGAGAGAAAACAACUCAAAAAAAGGGGCAAGGCAUCAGGAAUGUACAGUAUUGAUGCAGUGCAAGCAAUGGCUUUUGAUGGAUGCUACCACGACCCGGAUGUGGACAUGGACCUGACUGCUUUUUCUGACCCCUGUGAAGAGAAUGCAACUCGGGCACGAGCAACCAGCGUCUCCAACGUGGGCCCAGCUCGCAUCAAGAGAAAGAGAUCUCUGAAAGGAAACGUGGGCAGGAUUAUUCUGCAGAACAAUCAUGUCAUUGACACAUAUUCCAGGAUUAUAUUUCCCACUGUGUAUAUCGUGUUCAACUUUUUUUACUGGGGUUUGUACAUAUGAACAGAAAUCAUUAUAAGCUAGACGUUGUUUUGUGUAUGAGAGUAGCAUUGUGCUCUAAAAAUAAUGCAACAGCAGUACAGGAAAUGGUUGAAAGUUUCUGAAACUGGCUUCUGUGUCAAACCGAGGCAGGUUUGUUUAGCAGCAAACCUGCUAAUGAAAAAUUCUCAUGAGCCUGUUUUUUCAGCUGGACUGUGUGGUGCUUCACUGGGGCAAUCGAAUGCACAUGCUGCUGCUGCAGUAGCACAGAAGCAGUUUGCUCACUAAGGGAGCCCUUUAUCACACACCUAAACAGAUAGCAGCUCCUGGUCAAUGUAUGUAUUAUUCAGUGUCUAUCUGCACUAUAAUCAUUCCCCUUUAAUCAGCCUUUCUGUUUGUUCUCCACUUAUUGUCCAGGUUAGUUUUCAGUCAGCACCAAUCGCCUUCAAAUAGCUCCUAUUCCUGUUUCACCUGCUGCAUUUCUGUUUUGCUAGACAACCUGUAUACACCUCAGGAGCCUUUGUCCUCAGAUAGUAGGGAAAGCAGGAAGCAAAGUUAAUGGAGCUUUGUACAUGGUGCAUCAUGAAAGCCUCAAGAAAACCCUUCACCCUGUCAGCUGUACUUGUCUUUCCACGGGAUCACUGGGAGGGACCUCUAUUCUGGAGAGAUCUUGAUCACUAGUCCCUGAGGUAGCAAAGCAAUAGCAUCCCAGAUGCAAUGCACUCAGUGUCUUACAGCUACCUCCCUGGUGGAUGGAGCAUCACCUGCACAAGGUGUGCCCUUCAUGUGACACCCACACACCUGUGCCUCAUGUAGGCCUGCUGUAAUCACCUGCUUUCUGUAUAACUGCUCUUUUCAGAAACCUAGCCUUUGAGGAAGAGAUUUUAGAAUACUUUUUCAAGAAAGCAAACAAACUGUGUCUUCAGCAGAAUCUGGUUCUUCCAUUUUAUACCAUAUACAUGAACUUGGGGUUUUGUCCCACUCUUGGCUUCAGAGAUUGGAAGUUACAGUGAGGGGAUGCUGUACAUGCUUGCUUGCAGCACUUGUCCCUAUCACAGCUCAAGUUACCACACCAACACCUGAGACACACAGGAAAUAAAAAGAAGCAGCUGUGCCAAAACAGAGCUAUAUACAGGAAACCUGCUAGUCCCAGAUGAGUCCUGCAUGGAACCCUUAGGUUGAAGGGUUAAUUCAGCCUCCUUAGGUUGAAUUAAAGAUGUUCAGGGACACACACACAAAGUGUUCGCAGGUCCAGAAAAGAAUCAGGAUUACUUCUGUGACUUUCCCAAAUAAGAAACAUUUUCCACUUAAAUUUCCUGGUAUUGUCUGUCAAUUAAUGAAGUGAGUUCACAUUUACAAAUUCAGUUCAAAAUGAUAAUUUGUGUUAACAGAAAACGUGAAAAGGUAAAUGCUUGGUCACUGCUUGUUUAAGAUCAGGAAAUGGGAAUAAAUUUGGAAGUCUGAACCACUCUUGGAUUUAUAUGGUUUUCCUACUCCAAUAUUGUUUGAUUAUAGCAUGGUGAUGUCUCAUGCUGUUUCAAAAAGCUGCAUUUGUCAAGCUCUCAGUUACAGAGUUGGAAAAGCUGGCGACACAUUGCAUGCUGGCUGAUUGAAAUCUGAUGGAGUGAGUGGGUACUUUGGCAGUCAAGUCACUGCCAAACAAAUGAUCAGAGCUAAGACAGCUUUGAUACUCUUCCAGGAAAUCCUGACAUGGAAAGGAGAACUGUACCAGGAAUGACAAUGCUGGGAACGUAAAGCCAAAGGACACGCACGGUUUUGGCAACAGCAACGGCACACCAGACCUCAAGCUGAGCAGAUGUGUAAUAUAAAUAUAUAAAAGAAAUUACCAUGUCAUCCUUGUUACUGCACUGCUAUUAUGAAUGCAUCCUGCACAGAUGUUCCAGAUUGCCUGAGAAGAUCCCAUCUAAUUGCUCCAAAUGUGUGUGCCCUAAACUUAUAGCAUGAACUAAUGUAACACCAUUGUUUUCACAUAAAAUUUUUUAUCUGCCUCAUGGGAAGAGGUAUGUAUCCAAAUAAGAAGUAUUUAUCCAAAAGUAAAUCUUCAGCCUCUGACAGAAAAAGUACCCAAGCGCUUCUUGACCCAAAACAAUUCCCUCUUCUAAAUAUCUUAGAGG